AUGUUCCUGAGUGAAUCGCUGGCUAUUCUUUGUGGAUCGAAUAAACGGUGUUUUGCUGAUAAAAUAUCUAAUGGAAUAUUUGUAGAUCGUUGUGGUUUAUCUAAAUCGACAAGAAAUACAAGUAUUUGUGAAGAAGAAAAAGUUGUUGGAUUAUGUAAAGCUGCAUUUCCACGAUUUUAUUAUAAUUUAACAACUAUAACUUAA